AUGGAUGAUGAUAAAAUAAAUAGCGAUGAACAACAAAUUGCCGAGAAUCAGAUUGAUGGAGAUGAAGUAACUAAUAAAACCAUAUUUCAAUUUUUGAAACAAUUAGCUGUGAAAACAGAACUGAUACAGAAGCAAAUUAGUAAUAUAGCUGUCCAAAAUCAAGAUACCCAUAGAGAAAUUGAAAAAAUCAAUGAGAAAUUAUCGACACUAACAGAGGAAUUCACAAAAGAACGUGAGAAAAACCAGGAAUUGGAACAAGAAAAUGAAAAGCUGCAACGAAGAAUACAUGACUUGGAACGAAAAGCAAAGAAAUUCAACAUAAUAAUAUAUGGAAUAGGAGGAUCUGAAGAAGAAACAUAUAAUACUACGAUCGAGCUACUAAAAACGAAACUCCAAAUCGACUGUGAAGAGAGAGACAUAAAGGACAUUUAUAGAAUAGGGAAAAGCGAAAAUACCAAGCCGCGUCCAGUUGUGGCAGAGUUAGCAACUUUCAAAAUAAAAAGUGAAAUUUUGAAAGAGGCAAAGGAAAAACUGAGAGGUACUCCAGUCUUCAUAGCACAAGACUUUACUAAAGAAGAGUACGAAGAAAGAAAAAUCUUGUAUGAGGGUUUGAAGAAAGCUAGGAGCAAAGGAUUGAAAGCAUUUUUGAAGAGAAAAAUAUUAAUAGUAGAAGGAGAGAAUUACACACAUGAAAAUUUGAUAGGCGAAAAUUUUGGAAAUAUAUCACAGAGUCAGAAAGAAGAACCACGACAAAGUGAUAAGCAACAAACAGAAAUACCAACGAAAAGAAAAGGCAGAGAAGAGGAGGGUGUCAAAGGGGAUGAUACAGCGGAACAACUCGAAAUUGCGAAAGAAACAAGAUAUACACAACCAGCGCGUUCAAGUAGAAGAAACAAUCAAAAAUAA